AUGCCUAGCUCAUCGCCCACUCGAAAUCGCAGCUCAUCCCUUCCGAGAUCCCGCAUAUAUCACGCUUGCCAGAAUUGCGCUACGUCGAAAGUCAAAUGUCAGAAUCUAGAUGACAGGGGUUGUGCGAGAUGUAGAAGACGGAAAACCGACUGUUCAUUAGCAGGUCUAUUCGGUGUAGAGGGAGAAAAGAGGGAUGUAAGAGAAGUUUCACCUCAACUACGCCAGUCUAGAAGGACUCAUACGCGAGAAAGUCCAGCUGUAAGAAGCACAUACACACCUUUCGACAUCCCCGAUUAUGACUCACACUACAACUCUCACAAUCAGUCUCUCAAGAUGGAGGAGAUGAGGAAGCGAAUAGAUAUUUUGGAGACCACAUGUAGCACGCUGGUCACAUUGAUACCUUCACAAUCCGUUCCAGCGUGUGCAGAUAUCACGCCUUCCAGCAUCGUGGACAAUGCAUUCCCUUCAUCCGAAUCUUUCCCCUUACCCCAGAGCACAUCCACGGCCACUUCCACGUUCGUAGAGGGGUUUUAUAUCGCUCAUCGGCCUCUUGAUGUCACCGCCUUUCAAAAGGGGUUUACUAUGGAUCCAAUCAACGUCAUUUUUGAUGAGCGGGCUAGAUGUGCUGUUGACUUGGAUGGGUUUCCUGAUAUCAUAUCGCGUGGAUGGGUGUCUCGAUCUCACGUAGAGGCCAGUUUCCAGAUAUUCAAACACCGAUUCUCGCUGAUCGCUCCGCUCAUCCCGUUCCUUCUGACAACACGUUCAUUACCUUCCCAUCCGUUCGUCGUCCUGGCGUCCCUCGCUUUUCUUCCAAAUACUCUCCCUGCUGCAGCAGUCGCAAUGAUUGAGGAGUCAGUGCUAUACGCCAUGACCGGCACCUCAAGCAUUGAGGUGAUAUUGGCGUUGUACAUCCUCACUUUCGCCACCGUUCCAUUAGGAAGCGAAAGCCAUGUACCGCUCACUUGUCUACGAGUGUCAGCUUUCGCUUAUUCGAUGGGGAUAGAUCUUGGGUUGAACACAAAGGCAGACGUAAUGUUGCUGGCAGAGGAUGAGCGCGAAAAUCUAACGCAGCCUUGGGCAUCGAAACAUUUAGAAGAGCUGACUUUAUGGGAAGCGGUGAAGAAUCGAUACUGCAUUCUCCAAAUGGAAUCCGCCCGAUGUUGCACCAUGCCCAAACUACUAUCGAGCCAGUUUCCUCGUCAUCCGUCGGAUCACGUAAACUUGUGCAUAGAUCAUCUCCAGCGAGAAUCGACUGUAAUCGAAGUCUGUAGAGAUUUCAUCAGUGCAAUCGCAAAAGCUGAAGUGACUAUUCUACGACAAUGGCCAGACAUUCAUUCUUUACUUGACAAGUGGAGCCAUGUGGAAAGCCGACUGAAUCAAAUCACUGAGGAUCUGGACAAGAGUGAAUGGCUCCUGAUCUGUUCUACCGCUGGUAUUGCUUACUCGCUUGCUCUCCGUACGGUUUUCGUCACAUUCAGACCGCCGAGCCCGAUCGCACCUGCCAUUCUAGAAGAAGCCAGGUCGGUCACUUCUGCAGCUCUCAUCCGCGCUUCUACUACCUUGCUUGGUCAGACAAUGCCCCUGGUAAUGUCCCAACAGGACAAUAGCCUUCCUGCCUUCCUUUUGACCACUAUCACGAUUUGUCUGGCAACAUCUCGUAGGAUUGCAAUUCUCACUCGACAUACCUUACCGAAUCCCAUCUUUAGCGACGACCAGCUGUUGGCUGCCGAAAAUUUCAUAGCUAGACAGCCUGGUCUGCCCGGUAAAGUCCUGAGAGAAAUGUGGUGCAGUCUGGAGGAUUGCAAACCGGAUGGAGGUAGGGUAGAAGAGACGUCGUCUUUAUGGAGAGAGGAUGGAUUUCACUGGGAUUUCUUGGAUUUUGAUGCUCUCUUCCCUGAUGGGAUUAAUCUACCAGCUUCUAAUGAGAGUAUGCUCUUGUAG